GAUGCCCGAAGACCCUCCUCGGCGGACUUCAACUUCGGCACAAGUAUAUCUGGAAGCCGACUCUCCUCUCACAACGGAGCUCACUUCGGAACCUGUACCGGGGAAAGUCAAAGUUCCUCAAAUUGGGUUAUAUGAUGGUACUUCAGACCCCGACUCACACCUCGGUCACUAUACUUCGUGGAUGGAUCUGCAUGGGGCCUCAGAUGCACUUCGGUGUCGUAUGUUUUCUCUUACGUUGGGACCUCGGGCUCAAAAAUGGUUCCAUUCUCUCCCACCUCAUUCUAUUUGGAAGUGGCAACGAUCUCAUUUCAUCGGGGCCCAAGUGUGUUUAAUUCCGAAAGAAUCCCUUGCAAACGUGACUAAAAAAGAUGAUGAAAGCGUCAAGGACUACAUUGCUCGGUUUAAUGAUCGAGUCCAAAACAUGGAGCCCUGUCAUCCUGAAACUCUGCUUGUUAUGGCUAUUGCCGGGCUGAAACCAAACUCAAUUUUUCAUUGGACAUUGUGUCAAAAUAAGCCAAACACCUUUCAAGAAUUCCUUGCCCGAGCUCAACAACACAUCAUAGCCGAAGAAGCCAUGUCGGUACCCGACUUUAAUUUAACCCGAAGUCCUCUAAAGCGGGAACCGAUGAGAAAAAGAAAAACAAAUUUUUUGACAAGCAAAACAAGACUCAAUAUAGAGGACCUCCCCGAGGAGAUCCCAACGACCCUGAAAAAGUUCUAUCGUAACGCCGAUCCCCAGAAACGGGGACCAGGGCGUCAAAUUGAAUCGUAUGAUGAAGACGACGAGGAGGACCGAGGUGUUAUGCCAAAAUGUAUCCGACAAGGGGACAAGGAAGUAUUUAUGUUCACCUCGGAAACACCCAAUUUUAACUCCACUGGAACUUCCCGAGGACGCAAGCGAGACCGAUCUCCUAGCCCGAUGCAAAUCACCGUCCAGCGUGUCAAUACCAACAACACCCAGAGUACAUUAUCCCGUCGACAAAUCAAAGCUUACGCCCGACAAGCUUAUAACUCCAGCAAACAAGUGUAUACUACCGAUCUGAGAGACGUCCUGAAUAACCGGAACUGUCCCAUAACUUUUAAUAUGGAGGAUGCGAAUCAUUUUGCGCACCCUCACUUCGACGCACUUGUUAUUACUGUCCCUAUAUGCGGAAUCCCGGUACAUCGCGUAAUGGUCGACACCGGGACCUACUCGAGCAUUUUGAUGUUAAAAGCUUUUGACAAAAUAGAAUUAAUCUAUGUCGACGAACCGGUCUUUCACAAAUCGUUGCGCAUUGGAAGUCAUCUUCAAGAACCUCUCCGAGCAGAGCUUAUUUCAUUUCUCAAACAUAAUUCUGACGUUUUUGCUUGGAAGCAUGAAGACAUGAAGGGCAUUGAUCCCGGUGUCGCCAGCCAUAAAUUAAACCUCGACCGAACUGUCCGGCCAAUUGUGCAAAAACGAAGAAAAUUGGGACCGGAUCGUCAGAAAGCGUUGGAAGAGGAAGUUAAGAAGCUCAUCGACAACAAGUUCAUUAAAGAGGCCAAGUAUCCGAUAUGGGUCUCAAACCCCGUUCUCGUCAAGAAGAGCAAUGGCCUGUGGAGGCUGUGUAUCGACUUUUUCGACUUGAAUAAAGCGUGUCCGAAAGACAGUUAUCCGCUCCCUCAUAUAGAUUAUAUGGUUGAUGCCACAUCGGGACACGAGUUGAUGAGUUUUAUGGAUGCCUACUCCAGUUACAAUCAAAUUCCUAUGGAUCCCGAAGAUUCCGAAAACACCUCGUUCUAUUCAGCACGGGGCUUGUACUGCUAUACCAUGAUGCCAUUUGGGUUAAAAGACGCUGGGGCCACUUAUCAACGCCUUGUCAACAAAAUGUUUGCUAAUAUGAUAGGUCAUACUAUGGAAGUCUACGUAGACAACAUGCUCAUCAAAUCGGUGCACGCGUCUGAUCACAUAACACACCUACAGGACAUGUUCAAUAUCCUCCGAUCUUAUUCUAUGGUUUUAAAUCCCAAGAAGUGCACCUUCGGAGUUGAGUCUGGAAAAUUUCUGGGCUAUAUGGUCAGCCAACGUGGAAUUGAAGCCAACCCGGCCAAGAUAAAAGCCAUUCAAGAUCUAAUUCCCCCGACCUCGGUCAAGGGUGUUCAGGCCCUAACUGGCCGACUUGCUGCACUCAACCGGUUCAUCUCUAAAUCCACAGAUCGGUGUAAACCUUUUUUCGAAGCAAUCAAAAAAGGAAAGCACUUCGAAUGGACCGAAGAGUGUCAGAAAGCCCUCAUCAGCAUCAAGGAAACACUCGCCUAUCCACCGACGUUACAAAAACCGAAACCCGAGGAAAUACUGUUUUUGUACCUCGGAGUCAGUGAUUCGGCGAUCAGCGCCGUUUUAGUACGUGAGGAAGGGACGUUACAAUCACCCAUUUAUUACGUCAGCAAAGCCCUACAUGACGCCGAACUACGCUACCCCCCUAUGGAGAAGUUAGCGUUUGCACUUGUUAUUGCCGCCCGGAAACUGCGACCUUAUUCUCAAGAACAUUCU